CUCUUUCUUCAAUACAUUACAUCUCUAAAUCCAUCUUCUCUGUGAUUUCAAGAAAACCCUAUUUCUCCACCAUGUCUAUACACCUCAAAUCUCCGGUCUUUGCUGGUAACCCCAUAAGAUCCAAAACCCCCAAAUCAAUCGAUCCCUUUUCACCCGCAUCAGCCUUUCAAACCCUAAAGGUUCUUCUUUCUGGCCAAUCCCAUUUACAAGAACCAUCCUCCCCUAAAUUCCAGGUGCUCCCUUUCAGAAAGGGCAGACCUUUAGCUGGCUCAACUGGCGAUUUGGUCAAGAAAUGGCAUCUGGGGUGGUUGACUUUUGCUGAUUUUAAGGAUGUUUUGGAAGGCACUGAGGUAAAAUUGAGUGAUGAUUUGUUGGUGUAUUUGGGUUGCAAGACUGAAAAAGGAGAAGAAGAAGAAGAAGAAGAUAAUGUUGUGUAUUGGGCAAUCGAUGUUUCUCAAGGGAUUAGUUUGGUGGAGAAAUUGGGGAGCAGACAGCUUACUUUUGUUGAGUUGAGGACUUUGAUGGUGGCUACUGAUUGGGCAGAUGAUGCUGCUAUGGGUGAACUUGCUAUUGCUGGUCAUGCGAGAGCAUUACUGGAAUGGCAUAAUACAUCUCGUUUUUGUGGAUCUUGUGGUGAAAUGUUGGUUCCCACUGAAGCUGGGACAAGAAAACAAUGUAUAAAGGAUUCUUGUAAGAAAAGAAUCUACCCUCGAGUUGAUCCGGUUGUCAUUAUGUUGGUCAUUGACAAAGAGAAUGAUUGCGCACUUCUUAGUAAAAACACGAGAUUUGUGCCAAGAAUGUGGAGUUGCCUUGCCGGCUUUAUAGAGCCAGGAGAAAGCUUGGAAGAGGCCGUGAGAAGAGAAACAUGGGAGGAAACCGGCAUCCAAGUUGGUGAAGUAGUCUAUCAUAGUUCUCAACCAUGGCCCGUUGGACCUAGUAGCAUGCCGUGCCAAUUAAUGAUUGGUUUUCUUGCAUAUGCGACAUCGGUUGAAAUAAAUGUGGACAAGAGAGAAUUGGAAGAUGCCAAAUGGUACAGUAGAGAAGAGGUGAAGAAAGCGUUGACAUUUGCCGAAUACGAAAAAGCGCAAAGAACAUCCGCGUACAAAGUAGAUCAAAUGUGCAAAGGGGUGGAGAAAGGUCAAAGUCUUGCUGCGGAUUUCAACGUGGAAAGCGGGGAACUAGCAACCAUGUUCGUCCCUGGACCUUUUGCGAUCGCCCACCAUCUAAUCUCUUCGUGGGCUCAUCAGGUCAGCGAAAAUGGCAUUUCGACACAAACGAAAGGUGUUGUUUCGAGAUUGUAGUGAUCGAUUUCAUUUUCUUGAUUAUUUCCCAGGUUUGAUCUUGAAAUCCUUCCAUGGUGAUGAUGCUGAUAAGCAGUUUUUGAUCUUGAAAUCUUCACAAGUGCUCAAGAAGAAAAUACUUGUUUUUGGGAUUUGAGUUGUACCAUUUAUGUGGAAUUCAAUCUUUAUAUAUAUAUUGUUGAUAAAUAAAUUACAGAUUUCAUACA